AUGGCGGCUAAGAGCGCGGCAUGCGUCAUGGUCACACAAGAACAUCUUACCUACGAACAAAAGGUGCAUAUCGCCUUUUGGUGCAAGGACAAGGCUCAGGCCGAGGAAUGCCACAAGGCUCUUCGAAGACACGCACCUGGAUACGUGUAUUGUGAGAUCCCCGAGAAGAAGAGCCACUUUGUGGUCCACUUUGUCGAGAAACAGGGCUAUGACUUGGAGACAAACUGGCUGGCCCUGCAGUGGAUCAUGGCUGAUCUUCCCUUUGACGGGUCGCGUGUGCCGGACGGCGUCCACUUGCCUCACUAUGAAUAUGUCUACAGCGGCCCAGGGGAGGUGUGUGAGGAGACCACGAAUCACAUGGCCAAACGCGAGCAGGAGAGGCAGGCUGCAGAGCAGUAG